ACAUCAUCACCAAGAGGAAAAAAAUUUAAAAAUGUGUAUCGUUUUUGUAAACAGAAUCAAUCAGGACCACCGAGAAUGAGGGAAUCACGAAGCGCGUGAAUGCCACGAGAAUUGGAACGUCCGCCUGCCCGCCCAAUUACCUCCUCCAAGCUGCCGCCACUUUCCAUUGACAGGAAGGGACUCCCAAACUUCGUUUCGUGAGCGUGUAUCAUCACUCUCCAAGAUUAUUUCCCCAGCGGCUUCUCAAUUUCGAUCCCACACCAUCCCUUUCUUCAUUGUCACUUUGACUGUCGACUCUCAAGCACACUGAUUCGACGACUGCGAAAGGAAUUUGAAUGUCUCUGACGACUUCUGGUUUCAAAGCUGGAUGAUUGGUUAUGUGUUUUCCGGUGGAUAAAAGCUAGUUUAGGUCGGAAAGAAGAAUCAGGACAUGGGGCCUUCCUCUCCUUCUGGCAGCAAGGCCCAGAACGUGAAACAAAGGAGGCUUUACCAAGUGUGGAGGGGCAGUAACAGAUUUUUUUGUGGUGGCAGACUGGUCUUCGGUCCUGAUGUGGCUUCGUUGUUUCUCACCACGCUACUAAUUGCUGGACCUGCAGUUGCAUUUUGUGUAAAGACGUAUAUUAAUAUUGAAGAUGCUAAGAGCCCUGGUGAUGCAUAUUGGUAUCCUGUAUUGUCUACUUGCGUAAUUCUCACUGCUUUGGACUUAGCAUUCCUCUUCCUGACCUCUGGGAGAGAUCCGGGCAUUGUCCCUAGGAAUGCAAGGCCUCCUGAGUCAGACGAAGCAUUUGAUUUACCUACCCCUUCCAUGGAAUGGAUUAAUGGUACAACCCCUCAAUUGAAACUGCCUCGUACUAGAGAUGUAACAGUCAAUGGUCACACAGUUAAAGUGAAGUUCUGUGAUACGUGUUUGCUUUAUCGCCCACCUCGCUGUUCUCAUUGCUCCAUCUGUAACAAUUGUGUCCAGAGAUUUGAUCAUCACUGUCCCUGGGUUGGCCAGUGCAUUGGAAUAAGAAACUAUCGGUUCUUCUUCAUGUUUAUUUCAACAUCAACCAUUUUGUGCAUAUACGUCUUUGUGUUUUCUUGGAUCAAUCUUGCCCUGAGAGCUGUUACCCUUGGGAAGGCAAUAACACAAGACUAUGUAUCAGAUUUUCUCAUAAUAUACUGUUUCAUAGCUGUCUGGUUUGUUGGGGGCCUCACAGCUUUCCAUUUGUAUCUCAUUUGCACAAAUCAGACAACUUAUGAGAACUUCCGUUAUCAAUAUGAUAAGAAGGCAAAUCCUUACAAUAAUGGAAUUCUGCGAAACUUUAAGGAAACACUUUGCUCCAAAAUACCCCUUUCAGAGAAUGACUUCCGAUCAUUAGUGCUGGUGGAUGAACCUGUGAUGGUUGGUUCUGUGACUCCAAAUAUUGAGGAAAGAAGUAUGAACCAAAAGGAGAAGAUUGACAUUGAAUUAGGAGGAUCCAUGCGUGCUGAGGACCUUGCUAUUCCAAUCCCUGAAAUUUUACAGAAUUUUGAUUUUGAUACAUUGGAGGAUGAUAUGAAAUUUGCAGAUCUAGAAGGACGAUCUUCUUUUGAUCCGUUCUACAGUGUUGAAGAAGAUAUGAAAGACUCCGCACAAAGCUUCGAUACCUCGUUGAUAAAUUUGGAAAGCAUUACAAAUGAACAUGGAGUGGCAGAAUCUGUGCAACCCUCCCAUGCUGAAGAUGAAGGCAGAGAAUCUGGUCAAAGGUCCACUGAGUCCAAGGUGGACGAAACAAACACAAUGGGCCGUACACGAAUUCAUUGGCGCCAUCAAUACUGGACUGCGGAGACUGAACUUGCACAAAGUUACUAUAAAGGUCAGACGAGUGUUAGUUGUAAGCUGUAAACCUCCACCUUGUGUUCAAGAUAAUGCAUACAGAUUGUUCGGAUAAGUUUGCGAUAGAUACUGUUAUAGAUAGUCCACUUCUUCCAACCAAACCCUUUACCAAUAUUUAGAACGAAUGUCCUCUGUUAACUGUAAGAAGUGCCUGUACCAACGCGGCCAGCUUACUCUCUCGCUGAAGAGGGUAAAGAGGACUAAAAUGUGGAGGAUAUCGUUUCUAGAGUAUUUUCUUCUUCUUUUCCAUUUGAACCUUUUUCCGUGUAGAGUUUAUUCAAGUAUUUUUCAUUAACUUAAUCAUUUUCUUUCUUU